AUGCUGCCAUCGCAGGAAGCCUCCAAAAUCUACCAUGACAACUACAUGCGCAACUCCCGGGCCAUCGGGGUCCUGUGGGCCAUAUUCACCAUCUGCUUGGCCAUCAUCAACGUGGUGGUCUUCAUCCAGCCUUACUGGAUCGGCGACAGCGUCAGCACGCCCCAAGCCGGUUACUUCGGCUUGUUCCACUACUGCGUGGGCAACGGCAACUCCAACCGGGAGCUCUUGUGCCAGGGAACCUUCUCCGACUUCGCCUCCAUCCCGUCGGGCGCCUUCAAGGCUGCGUCCGUCUUCGUGCUCAUGUCCAUGGUGCUCAUCCUCACCUGCAUCGGCUGCUUCGCCCUGUUCUUCUUCUGCAACACCGCCACGGUCUACAAGACGUGCGCCUGGAUGCAGCUGCUAUGCGCCGUCUGCCUGGUGAUCGGCUGCGUGAUCUUCCCGAACGGCUGGGACGCCGAGGUGAUCCGGGACAUGUGCGGCGAGGACACGGCCAGGUACGCUCUGGGAAACUGCUCGGUGCGCUGGGCCUACAUCCUGGCCAUCAUCGGCAUCCUGGACGCGCUCAUUCUCUCCUUUCUGGCCUUCGUGUUGGGCAACCGGCAGAGCGACUUCCUGCAGGAGGAGCUGAGGGUUGAAAACAAAGACUUCGCCGUGUCGAGGCUCCAUCUCGGUCCUUCUCUGCGAAUGGAUGGA